AAAUGGUCUAUUCAGCCAGUAUAAAGUUGCAAAUGACAUUUAGUUUGCCCUUCCAGAAAUAUGAUGUAUGUUAUCCUAAACAAGGUUGAAUGGUGCACACCUCACGUGCUCCAAUUGGUUCGGUCCUGAAAAGGAACACUUCCUCGGCUUCAAAUUGAGUGCACUAUUUACAACUCAAUCGCAACCUCGCUGCCAAAGGUUGAGGGAGCAUGCAGUUUGCUUUCAAGUCAGCGUUAAACGAGGUACUUCAAAGUGGGGUCUCUCCUACUGAGGUUUAAUAUAGCUACCAUUCUGCUCCUUGCAACGGUUGUGAUUCACUGCCUCAUAUGGACAAGGGACAAUCGCUGGUUCAUGGGGCUUUAUGCUAGAGUGAGCCAGCCAAGGCAGAGUCUUACACCCCGCAGUGUCUAACGUUACGGAUUCUCCAAUACAUCAAGCCGCAUUGCUACAUUGAGCUAUUAGUGUUGGUUUGAAUUAAUUCAGCUUUUCACACCAGAUGUGCUGUAGACUACGUUUGAAUUUGGUUUCGCUGAUUAUUUACUCUAGCGUCGAUAAUAAUGGACUGAAAGUUGCGGGUAAACAAUAACAACCUGCAGUGAUUUCUUGUUUGUAUAAAUGAUAGAGGAUACGAUGACACUGUUGUCUCUUUUGGGUCGGAUCAUGCGUUAUUUUCUGCUCAGACCAGAGACCUUGUUCCUCCUAUGCAUAAGCCUGGCUCUCUGGAGUUACUUCUUCCACACUGACGAGGUGAAAACCAUCGUUAAGUCCAGCCGGGAUGCUGUCAAAAUGGUCAAGGGGAAAGUGGCGGAGAUUAUGCAGAAUGACAAAUUCGGGGGUCUCGACAUUCUGGACGCAGAGUUCUCCAAAACCUGGGAGUUCAAGAGCAACAAUGUGGCGGUGUACUCCAUCCAAGGCCGGAGAGAUCACAUGGAAGACCGCUUCGAGGUCGUCACUGACAUCGUGAACAAGAGUCACCCUUCUAUAUUUGGGAUAUUUGAUGGCCAUGGGGGAGAGACCUCCCUUCUGCUCUCCAUCACUGGACACAGCAAAUAACACAGCCCAGAUAAGUCACACACACACACUCUGUCUGUCCAAACCGUGACUGCUGCCCCUUCAUCUGUUUCUCCACCACCCCACUUUCUCCUUUCAGGCGUCUGAUCAUAUCUGGGUAAUCGUAGACACGUUGACAUCCCAGUAGGUCUAAAGUAGUGUACUACAUGUGGUGUUGAUCAGUGUGCAGGCAGUGGGAGUAGGACAGGUCAGAGGGUGCAGUGGGAGUAGGACAGGUCAGAGGGUGCAGUGGGAGUAGGACAGGUAAGAGUAGAUCAGAGGCUGAGCUCUUAACAGGUGUCUGAUCAUCCACUCUGUUACUUAACAGGAUAACUAAGACAUAUCCCUGUGUUUGUUUGUUUGUUUGUUUUGCUUAUCCAAGCUUUAAUGGCUGUGUUCACUCACUCAUAUACACACACACUCACAGCUGCUCUUGGGAUGUCUGAAAGGAUGAAUUGCCAUUGUCAACCCAGACAGGCCUCGUAAGUCACAAUAACAAUGUUCCAAAGCAGCUAUUCAUGUGGUCAUUACUGUCCCAUGUAGUUCCUCCAGAAAGACUUAUCUUUCUCUCUCUGACCUCUAUUUAUGAUCCUUGCGGUCACUAUGGUAACCACAGGAGGGAAGGAAUGUCUGAGACUGCGUCAGAUACGUCCCCAUGCAGCUCCGAGAAAGGCCAGAGAAAGAGGCCUAGACGGCUAUUCUACCCGUAGGCCUCUGCACCAAAGAGAACACAGAAGACUGAGGGGUUGUGGGAACAGCAGACAGAGGGGAAGGGGUCAGACACUGAGAGCAAGGGACAUUCAGAGGGAGGGAGAGAGUCAGACAGAGAGAUGGUGAGGGAGAGUCGGAGAGAAAGUGAAGCGAGUUUAAAUGUUUGGCAGAGGUUUCAGAAUGAUGAGGCUCGGGCACUGUCUGCGGCCCUUGACCUCGUAUACAGACGCCAAGCCUCUUGAUAAUCAGCCAGGCCACAACAUGGCUGAAACAAGGCUAGUGGAUGGAAACAUGGCGAGGCAAUAUAACAGGCCAAAAAACCCUCAUUAGCUUACACUGCCAUCUUUCUCUUUUGGCUCGGCUUGAAUAUUCUCUCUCUCUCUCGCUCUCUGGCCAUGUUUCAGGAAAGGAGUUGAGAAACGAGCCAAUCUUUUUGCCGGGAAGCGUUGCAUAUUUGCCCGUAAAAGGGUGUGCAGUGCCGUUAUCAUCUGUCUGAAAUGGAUAGGGGAGGGUUGAGUUUCUCUUGCUCAGCUGUAUUCCACAGUGGAGGGAGGGGAAGCGUGUUUGGCUAGUGGUGUAGUUUCUCCCCCUCAUCUCUGGCUAUUUAUCUCCUGCUUUAUCUGGGUUUCAGCAAGGAACGAAGGACAGCCAGGUCACCGCUACUGUAGCCUCUGUCUUCUCCCCCAAGAGUGUGUGUGUGCUCGCAUGCGCUGUAGUCACACAAAAAGUUUGAUGCUGCGAGGCAGAGCUGUGAACAUCACUUGGCUUACAGUUUACACCAUACUUAACUCUGACUUCAGUAUAGCCAGCUCACUGUAGCCCUCUCUCCCCUCCCUCUUCCUCCCAGGCGGCGGCUGACUUCGCCAAGGCCCAUCUGUCUGAGGCGUUGCGUCAGCAGCUCCUGAGCUACGACCGAGAGAAGGAGAAAGAGAAGGAUGAAAAGGAGCACAGCGAUGGUCUGUCCUAUCCCUCCAUUCUGGAGCAGCAGAUCCUGGCUCUGGACAGGGACAUGUUGGACAAGCUGUCAGCCGUCUACAACGAAGCAGGUACCACAUGUCUGGUGGCCCUGCUGUCUGAUAAAGAGUUGACGGUGGCGAACGUUGGCGACUCGCGCGGAGUCCUCUGUGACAAAGACGGCAACGCCAUCGCCCUGUCACAUGAUCACAAGCCCUACCAGCUCAAAGAACGCAAGAGGAUCAAGAAAGCUGGUGGCUUCAUCAGUUUCAACGGUUCGUGGCGUGUUCAGGGUAUCCUGGCCAUGUCUCGCUCGCUGGGCGACUACCCUCUGAAGAACCUGAAUGUGGUCAUCCCUGACCCUGACAUCAUGACCUUUGACCUAGAUAAGCUGCAGCCAGAGUUUAUGAUCCUGGCAUCAGACGGGCUGUGGGAUGCGUUCAGCAAUGAGGAGGCCAUACGCUUCAUCAAAGAGCGUCUCGACGAACCCCACUUUGGCGCCAAGAGCAUCGUCCUGCAGUCUUUCUACCGCGGGUGCCCAGACAACAUAACUGUCAUGGUGGUCAAGUUUAAAGGUGCCGGUGGCAAGGCCACAGAGCAGUAGACCUACUGAUGCAUCCAAACGAGAGAUCUAUAUUAUAUAUGUACUGUAUGUAUAUGCACAGGUUUAAGAGAAAAGACAAAACAAGCCCGCAGUUUUUGGAGCGAGAACUGUUUGUAUCGAAGAUAUUUACAGAAAUUAGCCAUUCACCACCAUAAUGCAAACACUAAAACGUACACUUACAAAUUCACUCACUCCGACAGUCACUUUUUUUCCCCCCUUCAAUCUACAUAACGUGUCAUUUAUGUUUUUGUUUUUUUUAAGCAGUCAUAUCCUCCAGGCCCUAUACUGAGUCACUGUUUUGCAUAAGAGGUACACCGAGAUAUUGACAUAAUUUGAAGUCGAAGCAGUAAUUUGUACAUCUCUGAGAGAACCUUUAUCAGCAGAUGUCUCAUCUGAUUGGUGCUUACAUACAUUAGAGCACCUGUAACUGGGCACCUGUUUGGUUAGCUGGAGGGGCUACAUAGUUUAUGUUUUAAAGAGAGCUAAGACUAGGCAAACUUAACUGUGUUCUCUUCUGUUUUGUCUGGCAUGGCCUAUUUUUGGGGAGGGCCAAUUAAACAGAAAAUGUGACUGAUUGGAUUUAAAUGGCAUUAGGAGAUACGUACAUGCUCUGCAGUCCUAAUCCUGCUGCAUGCGUGAGUGCAUCAUAUCAAAUUAGUCACAUUCAGUUUGAUGAUUCACUGUCCCCCCUUGAUUUCUAAUGUUUCUAAUGUUCUGUCAUUCUAAACAUUCAGUCUUGUUUGUCGGCUCCAUAGACCUUAAAACCAGUCAGCUCCCGAUCUCCAUCUUGAUUUUUGACCUGCAGUUGAGUACCCCUCCCCCUCCCCCUCCCCAAAUGGCUGCACUGAUAAUUGCAAUUGUAUUUUGAAGUUCUGAAGUUCAUUGGUACUAAAUAUAAUAUUCCUUUCCUCAUUCAUGCAAACUACUAAUGAUAUCAUUUAUGCCUGUCUGUCAACAACAAUCUGUGUAUAACCCUUUGCCCAGAAUGCAUUUCUAUAACUCUAAUCCCAGAGUUAACCCUGAUCUAGGAAUGAGUGGCACUUUGACAAAAGUUGCACAAAUGUUUGCGCCAUGCUGUUAUUGUGAUGUCAGUCUUUUUGAAUUAAGUAUACAAAUACAUUUUCACAGGCGCGAUGGCAUUGUACUGUUUGAAUAGUCUAUACGUCUUUUAUUCUUAUCAUUGGCAGCCGAUUGUCUUUCUGAAGUUGGGUUUAGUUCUAUGGUCUCAUGCUCCCUCUACAUCAGGGUUCUCUGGGGUGGGAGACUACACAAUAAAAAUACCCUGUCAUAUUGUACAGUUAACUUAAGUUUUUCUGUCAACUGACGGACUCAACGUAAUAUGAAGCCUUUGAAUGAAAUAUGUACUUGUUGCCUUAUUUUUUAAAAUACACAUUUCCUCAUUUGUUGCCAAAACGAACUCCUUGGUUUCUAAUUUAACGUUUGACAUGCCAUUCACAUCGCAUGUAGAUAUAUGUCACGUAUAUAAUACCAUCACAGAUGUCUCCAUGAGACAAGGAAGUGUAACAUGAAUGUACAUGCUGUUCCCAUGUUAUCCUCCCCCUCCACAUCUGCAAUGAAGAAAGCAAUGCACCAACUCUUUGGUAGAUUAACAAAAGCAGUAUGUACUAGACUAGUAUGUUUUUAUGUGCUUUUUCAGUUGUACAUUCUUCCAAAAUAAUGUAUGUUACAGAAUGUUUGUGGACUUUGUAUUUGUUUUUGUUGAAUUUAAGAAACUGUAAAAAAUAAAUCUGAAUUUUAAGAAAAUCAAACGGAUGAUAACAAUAAAAGGAUUAAUGAUCA